AUGCUCUGGCUGAGAAAAUCCUCACAAGGGACGCUUUUAUGAGUGAAACUGAAACUAUUUUCACAGUAUGCGCGUCUUUGAGCACGUACAUGUCGCUUGGGGUAGAUCAUUUGCAUCCUGUUCAUGCGGCUUGUUGAUUUUCAGUUCGUUAUCAUUUGACUUGAGACUUCACCUCAAAAAUUUGGAUUUUAUCCAGUUUCAAUCAAAUUCAAUCUCAAAGGUUAUGCUUUUUCGGUUGAGAUCAAAAAGUAUGGGAUUUCGUUGAUUUUUGAAGGGAAUACUUUGAUUUUAGGUGAAAUCUAAAGAAAUAUGACUUUAUUCAGGUUUGGUCAAAUUCAAUCUCAAUCGUCAUGCGUUUUUGGAUGAAUUCGAAAAUAGCUGGCUUUCUCGAUUUCUCAAGGAAUUACUACAACCUUUGAUUUUUAUUUUAGGCGAAUUCAAAAAAAUUAUGAUUUUAUUUCAUUUUAAUCGAAUUCAAUGGUCUCCUUUUCCAGCGUAUAAUUAUUCCAAAAUUUACGAUUUCUUCAUUUCUGUUGACUUUGAAUACUACAGAUUGAUUCAAAUUUAGAAAUUUUGAUUUUAUUCAUUUUUAAUUCAAAUUCAAUUCUAAAAAUCAAAUAGUAGUUUCUUUUUUCACUUCUCGAAGGAAUCGAUUGACUUAAAUUUCGACUUCAGAGAGCAUCUCAGCGUGUAGGUGAAUCGGCUUUCGCGCAUUGAAAAAGCUGACGUGGCAAGGAUCCUGAUUCUCUACCUUUAUAAUACGGAGGAAUCUACUUAGAUUAUUUGGAUGUGAGUCUCCCAGGACCUUUACAGAAGGAGAGUCUCUUCUCACAGGAGCCUAAUGACGAAGAGGAACCAGGACAAAGCUUUGCAUGGUCAGAAGUUGUCGACCCACUACCUGGUCGUGGUGAUGAACCACCAGCACAACUACCACAGGAAGAGGAUACGAACCCUAUCGCCCGUGAUGCACCAGGAUCCAAGCAAGAAGAGGUAGAAGAUGAGGAUAUGGAUGUGAACCUCACAAUGAGACACAAAUAUUUGUAUAAAAGGAUAAGGAGUAGAGUGUAG